AUGCUACUGGACACCGGUAUGCACGGCGCAGCCUUACAGGGACUCGAGGACGGCUUGGUGAGCUCGAGCUAUGCUAACGGACGAACAGCGACAUCGUCUCGGCAACGGCAGCGUCCGUUGCAGAACCAACUCACACAGCAACGCGGUACUGGCAGCAGGACGCGGUGUCCCAUCCGGGCUCCGCUGGCCACGUCACCGGCAUGGGGCACACAGGAGCCUGCAGUGACGACGGCGCAGGACUCUAUGCCUUGGUUGUAUCCAGGCGAGAGCACGGUGCAGCGCACCUUCUUCUUCUCGUACGCAGUACGGUACGACGACGGCGCGUCGGAUCUCGGGCCUUAA